CUCCGCACUCCACCAUAAACACCGCGUUUUCUGUGUCCUUCGGGUCCUACAUCUGACGGACGGCGUUUACCCCUCAUUUCCCUCUAUCUUCCUCCACAAUUCACCUACUCUUCCCGGCAAAAAACCCUAACCCCCAAAUUCUGCAAUUUUCCUAUCAAGAGCUUCGUCUUUAUUUUUUUAGUGAGUGGUACUCCUAAUUUUUGCCAGUGGUAUAGUAGUAAUACAUGGAUCGAGCUGAAACUGGCAAUGCAUCGAUUGCCAGGAAUUUUUGCUCAUAAGAAACGCGUCGAUUCUAAGCAAAAGCGUGCCGUUUCCUCUUCCGUUAAAGCAAAGCCGAAACUCGAGCGCCUCAACGCUCGCAAAGAUAUUGAUUACGAGCCGUGUAUGCUUGAGUUCAACGGCGAUAAUAAGAGCUUUCGAAUCGAAGGGCAUGAUAGUGAAUUGCUUGAUAAUUUUUUCGAAAAGUUAGGGUUUUCUGGUCCUGAUGAUUUUGCUAUCCCUGCCGCUGAAUGGGAUGCUAUGCAGUUGCGUUCCUCUGCCUCAUCGGAGGUAAUUGGUCUAGGUAAUAACAAAAUUAAGGAUAAUAUUUUUGAAUAUUCUGAUAUUCCUAUUAAAGCUAGAGAUGUAGUUCAGCUACAAAUUAGUGAUGCGUCUAAAGCUGAUACAAUUAGAUUAGAAGACUGUGUUACAGGGAACGGCAUUGUUUUAAAUGGAAAUGAACCUGUAACUUUAGUUCGAUGUGGUGGUGGUGGUGGAGGGAUUAAGGGUGUAAGGCCACCACUUUUGGCUCCUCCGCCGGUCAUGUCACUGCCAAUUGUUGAUGAUGCGUCAUGCUCUACUUGGGAUAUUUUUAGGGCAUUUGGCCCGGAGGAUCAUAGGGAAUCAGGGCUUUGUAGAUCUGACGUUGUCAAUGGUGAUGCAGAACGUGUUAAGAACGAGGUGUAUGAUGAGGAGGAGAAUAGUACUAGUAGGAGAAGAGUAGGAGUGAGUAACUUACUAUCGGAGUCCUGUUCUUUUACCACUACUUCGAAUGACGAUGAUUCUUCUAGCUCCACGACUGAGCGUAUGUCAAGCAUCUCACCGAAUGGGAGAUUCGCACGCUACAUUACAUACUGGGACAAAGGUGAUCUCCUAGGACGUGGAUCUUUUGGAUCCGUAUAUGAAGGAAUUUCAGAUGAUGGUUUCUUUUUUGCUGUGAAGGAAGUUUCAUUACUUGAUCAAGGCGAUGGGGGAAGGCAAAGUCUAUACCAACUUGAACAGGAGAUUGAGCUUCUAAGUCAGUUCGAACAUGAGAACAUAGUUCGAUAUUAUGGAACUGACAAGGAUGAUUCAAAAUUGUACAUCUUUCUUGAGCUGGUUACACAAGGAUCUCUGUUGAGCCUUUACCAGAAAUAUCACCUUCGAGAUUCGCAAGUAUCCGUCUACACAAGGCAGAUUUUACAUGGUUUGAAGUAUUUGCAUGACCGAAAUGUGGUUCACAGAGAUAUUAAAUGUGCUAAUAUAUUGGUGGAUGCUAACGGAUCGGUCAAGCUUGCUGAUUUUGGCCUUGCAAAGGCUACUAAGUUAAAUGAUGUCAAGUCUUGCAAGGGUACUGCUCUUUGGAUGGCUCCUGAAGUUGUGAACAGGAAGAACCAAGGCUAUGGACAAGCGGCUGAUAUAUGGAGCCUUGGCUGCACUGUCUUAGAGAUGCUUACUCGCCAGUUUCCUUACUCCCACUUAGAAAACCAAAUGCAGGCUCUGUUUAAGAUUGGAAAGGGGGAACCUCCACCUGUCCCUAAUACCCUCUCAAUAGAUGCACGAAAUUUUAUUAACCAGUGUCUUCAAGUGGAUCCAAGUGCUCGUCCAACUGCUUCUCAGCUCUUGGAGCAUCCUUUUGUGAAACGAACACUUCCCUCUUCCUCAGGCUCAGCUUCUCCUCACACUCUAGGAAAGAGGCUUUGAAACCUUGUUCUCUUUUCUUCCCAUUGGAUCCUCAAAGUUUUGGUGGAAGUAAUCUGGAUGCUUUUCUCAGAAUCUGUAUUUGAACACUGAGUUCAGGUGUUUGAUCCUUUGAGAGCGCAUCAAGAGCAGUUCCUACUCGUGGUCAAUGCCUUUGCGGCAGUGUAUGUUUGAGCCCCCCCUCUCUUCUUUCCGAUUUCCUGACCUCUCUCUCUCACCCCAUCACGGAUGGAAAGAAGAGGUUAGGUAUUGUGCUGUAUAUGUAGUUCAAUUCGCUGUUAGAGUGUUUGAGCCAAUACGGGAUGUAAAGAUAGAUAACCCAUUUGAAAUGUAUAUAUCACUAGAAGAGGUCCAGGUGUUGCUUUCUUCAUCUUU